AUGUUACCCCCAUUCGAUUACUUUACCUACCGUCGCAUACGGAACCAAAAACAGAAAGAGCGGACACUCCGCUUUUCAUCUCUCCCCUUCGAGUACACCCUCCACAUCACCAAGAAGGACAGGAAUAUCAUCGACCAGCCCAUUGAGGAGCUGGUCCACGAUGUACAGGACUCCGCUGUAUCUCCUCUCGAUGUCCUCCGCACCUAUGGAAAGGUAGCCAAGAGAGCCCAGGAGCGUACCAACUGUAUCACGGAGCUCCUGCUCCCCGAAGCGGAGACAUGGCUGGGCUCCGAGAUCAAUCUUAAGGGUCCUCUGGCUGGAAUCCCUGUCUCGCUGAAGGAUUCAAUUCAUGUCAAGGGCUUCGAUGCUACCGUGGGAUAUGCCUCGAAAGCCAACCAGCCUCUUUUGGACGAUGGGCCUAUGGUGAAGCUUCUCAAGGAUGCCGGCGCGGUUCCAUAUGCUAAAACUGCACUGCCCAUUACCCUCCUCUCCUUCGAGUCCGCCAACGGGCUCUGGGGUACAUGCCGUAACCCGCACGUUCCAUCCUAUUCUCCCGGUGGCUCGACCGGCGGAGAGGCUGCACUUCUGGCCCAGGGUGGCCGCAUCGGAAUUGGAUCUGAUGUAGCUGGCUCGGUUCGGGUCCCUGCCGCCUGGAGCGGUAUCUACUCUCUCCGCUGCUCGACUGGUCGCUGGCCUAAGGCCGGCGUGAGCACCAGUAUGCCAGGCCAAGAAGGUAUUCCCAGUGUUUUCAGCCCCAUGGCGCGUACCCUGGAUGAUCUUACCUACUUCACUCGUGCCAUUAUCGGCAUGCAGCCCUGGAAGUAUGACCACUCGGUGCACCCGAUCGCCUGGCGCAGCGAGCUUGAGACUGUGCCUCAGGAUAAAGCUCUUCGCAUCGGUCUCAUGAGCUCUGAUGGUGUCGUCCCCCCAACACCCGCCAUCGAGCGCGCUCUCCAAACAACCGUCACUGCUCUCCUUGAAGCGGGCCACACCGUGGAAGAAAUCACACCCCCGCCCACCGCAAACCCCUUCACGGGCCUUAAUCUCGCUUCCCAACUCCUCAACGCAGAUGGCUGCCACCACUUCAACGCCCCUCUCAAGUCCUUUGAGCCUUCAGAUCCAGGCGCCAUCCAACUCUCCCGCAUCGCCCACCUUUCCCGCCCCCUCCGCUACCUCUAUUACCUCUACGUGCGCUACAUCCGCCGGGACACCGUCACCGCGGAUCUUCUCCGCAACUUCGGCCCCAAGUCCUCCGCCCAACUAUGGACCCUCACGGCAGCCCGUGAAGCCUUCCGCGCCGCCUGGCACAACUGGUGGGAUUCCGAUUCCCAGCAAUUCGACUUCAUUCUCUGUCCUGUAAACGCAACCCCCGCCCUCCCUCAUACCGCCAUGCGCGAUGCUGUCUCGUCGUGCGGCUAUACCUUCCUCUGGAAUCUGCUCGACUACUCCGCCGGAGUUAUUCCGGUCGGCCACGUCAAUCCCAUCCGCGAUGCACUGUCCUCUCCAUACAAAACUGCUCUGAAACGCCUUGGGGCGGAUAAUGGUAUUGCCCGCGGUGCGUGGAAACAUUACGACUCGGCCAAAAUGGCCGGUCUCCCCACUGCCGUGCAGAUUGUUGGGCGGCGUUGGCAGGAGGAGCAGGUCCUUGGGUACAUGGCGGUUGUGGAGAAGGCAUUGGAAUCCUACGUUGAUCCGCAGACUGGUACCAAUUGUCGGUAUCCCCUUUUGGAAAUUGACUAG